AUCAUUGUCCUCUCAUUACUCACAACAAUCUAACACCAAAAGCUAUAUUAAAAGUCAUGUGGUCCCACUUGUGCCGUUUUCUAAGUCUUAGAAAGGGAAUAAAAAACGCGUAAUAGCAUUAUCAACUUACAACCAGAUAUUUUUUUUUCCCUUUGCUGCUAUGAAUCUGUUUACUCAGUCAAAGACUACUCAUAAAAAACCAUGCCUAGUUCAUGUUCCACCAUACGUGAUUUUUCAUUUUUUUUGUGGGAAAAGAAAGAAAAUAUCUGUUUUGCCGUAUUUUAGGGUCCAAAUAAAACAUUUUGUAAAGACUUUGAAAAGCAAAGAGUCAAGGCCUUGAAUGGGAUUAAUAAAUCCAAGAGUAUGGGAAGGUUCGUCGUGAGUAACCCAUUUUACUUCUUUUUUUCUUCAACGUAUGUUGUUCUUAAAAACUAUCCAAAUUUCCAAGUCAACAACUAAGUCAAGCAGAAACGCCUCUCCUUAAUAAUACGUUGUGGCUUAGCCAAAAGAGGAGUAUAAACCUCCAACCCCUCCUGUUUUGCAUUAGAAAUCUAGAAUAAUUAUUCCUGGGAUGUUCAACCUCAGGAUGGGUCCUACUACUCCUCUGCUUGCUUUCUUUUUCUUCUUUCUCAGACAUCUUCUGCUUCCAAGCUCCGCUGAAGGAAAGGAAAUUCCUCGUCCUCAUAACUGUACACAAUUUCCUUGUGGAAAACUUGGCAUGAUUGGUUUCCCUUUUAGCAAUAUCAGUAGACCUGAUUGUGGGGUGUUCACACUGAACUGUUCAGAAGAACAAGAUCCAAAGAUCCAAUUUAAGAAAGGAGGAGGCUGGUAUGGUGUAAAAAAUAUCAAUCAACCAGAUCUUAGUUCUUUUGUGGUCUUGGAGAAAACACUACCCUUUUACUGGAAUCAUUCCAAGGAUAGAUGUAAACUUAUCAAUGAUUUCUCUGCUCCCACACCUAACAUUUCAUUACUCUUCUCUUCCUAUAACUUUACAGCUGAGAAAUUGUUCACACUUUACAAUUGCAGCCACAAUGUUAGUAUCACUCCAUCUUUAUUAGAUGUUGAUAAAACUAGUUGCCAAGGAGACUAUGACAUCUACUGCAACACUCAAAACAUAAGUUUUCCAUUCAAACAACAAUGUCCAAUUAUCACUCUUCCAUUUUCACAUCCACCUCCACCUCCAUAUCCUUAUCCUCAUCAACUGAUCUUUCAAGUGGAAAUAAAUCGUGAUUGUUUUAAAUGCCGCUUUUUUAAUGGAGGGAAAUGCUACAAUGAUAAAGAUAAUAAAUUUCGGUGUCUUUUGCAUUCAAAAGGAAAAAAGAAGAGAAAGUUAAUAAUAGGAAUAAUAGCAGGGUUGGGUUCGGGAGUUCUUUUAACUACAAUUGUCUUGGGAAUCAUUAUGUGGCGCAGGAAACAUAAACCUGCUACUUCAAGGAACAUCCCUGAUCCAUAUUUGAAUGUGGAUGAUCCAGAGGGUGCAAGUGGUCAUCUUGGGGUCCUUGUGUUUUCCUAUAAAGAUCUUACUGAAGCCACUAAUAACUUUGAUGCUGAAAAAGAACUUGGAGAUGGAGGCUUUGGAGCUGUAUACCAUGGCGUGCUCAAAGACGGGAGAGAAGUAGCAGUGAAGCGAUUAUACGAGCACAACUACAAAAGAGUAGAACAAUUCGUAAACGAGAUAAAAAUCCUCACACUCCUGCGCCACAAAAACUUGGUAUCCCUCUAUGGUUGCACUUCACACCGCAGCAGAGAACUCCUCCUAGUCUACGAGUACAUUCCCAAUGGCACAGUUGCAGACCAUCUCCACGGAGACCAAGCCAUAACAAGCCCUCUAACCUGGUCAAUCCGCCUAAGCAUCGCCAUUGAAACAGCCAGUGCAUUAGCCUACCUCCACGCCUCAGACAUAGUCCACCGCGAUGUCAAGACCAACAACAUUCUCUUAGACAACAAUUUCAGUGUCAAAGUUGCGGAUUUCGGCCUAUCAAGGCUUUUCCCCAACGAUGUAACACAUGUUUCAACUGCACCACAAGGGACCCCUGGCUACGUUGAUCCAGAGUAUCAUCAGUGUUAUCAGCUGACUAGUAAGAGCGAUGUUUAUAGCUUUGGAGUUGUUCUAGUUGAGCUCUUAUCAUCUAUGCCUGCUGUUGAUAUAACAAGACAUAGACAUGAGAUUAAUCUCUCUAACUUAGCUAUAUCCAAGAUUCAAAAAAGGGCUUAUAAUGAGUUGAUUGAUCAACAACUUGGGUUUGCUUCAGAUAUUGAAGUUAGAACUAUGACCAUUGCUGUAGCAGAGUUGGCUUUUGAGUGUUUACAACAAGAUAAGGAAAUGAGGCCUACAAUGGAUGAAGUUUUGGAAAGACUAAGGAGAAUUGAAGAUGGGAAAAUUGAGACUCAACCACCACCGCCACAACCUUCCCCGGAAUGUGGCGAUGAAGUGGGGUUGUUAAAAAAUAUGAAACAUGAUCAGCAUUCGCCAUCAUCGCCGAAUGCUGUCACUGAAGCUUGGCCAAGUACUACUUCUACUACGCCUAAUUUCAGUGCCUAAAGAGUAAAGAUUCUAUUUUUAAUAUUUUUUUUCACUCUUACUUCUGCUGAAAUUUGAAUAGGACAGUAUAAUUAAUCAUAAUUUGUGGUACCUAAAAAUGUGAUAUGAGUAAGAGUAGUAAGAAAGGUAGUGUGAUGGGUUCAAAUUUGUUUUUGUUUUUCCCAUCAACUUGUUUUGUUUUGUUUUUGUUGUUUAUGAUUCAUGAUUAAAUAAUUCAAACGCACAUUAAAUUUAAAUUUGUAGAAAAGAUAUGAGAUUUGUAUGUAUAUAUAUAAAGGGAUUGAUUUAUUAGGGUUACUUUUGUUUUGAAAAUAGUUUAUUGCUACGAAUAAUAAUGAUAUAUGUUUUUGGUAUUA